AUGCCAAAGUCAGUCGGUGGGAAACCUGGAGAAGCCGAACGGAAAAGAAAACGUAAUCCCCAGUCCGAGCAUUCAACUAGCAAAUACACAGAAAGAGUUCCUACCCCUCCGAAACCAACACUUAACACCAAUACCUUCAAAGUUAAAUGGCUCAAGAACUCGAGAGUUUACAGAUGUUAUGGGUGUCGGCAAAAUAUCCGUCCCAAACCCCAGAAAGGCGAAACGGAAGUUGUUCCUCCACCACCUUGGGACUUAGUUCUCGCACGACUGGAACUCCGGCUAAUCCCUAAUGGUGCUGGUGAGCUGAAGAUGUCCAUCAAGCCGGAACCAGUGCAUUAUCACCCAAAAUUGUCCUGCAUUCGCAACGCCCACGGCAAAAAGUAUUAUCCGUGGGUGGAAGUAACGGAUGCUGACAAGGAGGUGAUGGAUGAUAUUCAUCUUCGGCAUUUACGAAGCGAGUUCGGUCUAUGA